GGGACUCCUCCUCAUCCUGCGGGGCUCCUCUAGGUGGGGCAGGCGAGUUUCCGCACUGAGUGGAGCCCGCUCCGGCGCCCGCGGCUCCGCCGAACUUCCCAGCGGAGAGCGAAGGGAAGGAGAAGUUGCGAGGGGACCGCGGGGCCGUGGGCUGGCGGCUCCGAGGUGUUUGGGCUCACGGGGAGCCAGCUGGGGACAUUCAUGACAAACUCUGCGAGCGGAAGGGACGCGCACUGGCACCUGUGAGAGCCCGAGCGAGCGGGACCCCGCGCCCUGUGCCCGCCGGAGCCGCUCCGGGUACCCCGCGCCCUGUGCCCGCCGGAGCAGCCCUUCUCCGGGCUUCGGAGGCCGUGAGACCGUCUGUGCAAGGUAAAAUAUCAAGAGAGCAUGGCUCACCUGGGUGAACGUAAAUGGACUCACGUGUUCCCUUUCCUGAUGGUCUCCCUGGUGUACUCUGCCAGUGCCGAAUACUCCAACUGCGGUGAGAAUGAGUACUACAACCAGACCACUGGCAUGUGCCAUGACUGCCCCAAGUGCGAGCCGGGUGAAGAACCUUACAUGACGUGUGGAUACGGCACCAAAGAUGAGGACUACGGCUGCGUCCCCUGCCCUUCAGAGAAGUUUUCCAAAGGAGGUUACCAGAUAUGCAGACGGCACAAGGACUGCGAGGGUUUUUUCCGAGCCACAGUCAUGACGCCUGGGGAUCAGGAGAAUGAUGCAGAGUGUGGUCCUUGUCUCCCAGGUUACUACAUGCUGGAAAACAGACCUCGGAAUAUCUAUGGGAUGGUUUGCUACUCGUGCUUGCUGGCGCCUCCCAACACCAAGGAAUGUGCAGGCACUAACUCUGGCAUUUCAGCCAUUUUCCCAAGCACCUCUGGCACAAGCACUUUCUCACCUUACCAGCAUGCUCACAAAGCAGAUCUUUCAGGACAAGGACAUCUGGCUACAGCUCUUAUAAUUGCUAUGUCUACUAUCUUCAUAAUGGCUAUUGCCAUUGUCCUCAUCAUCAUGUUUUACAUUGUAAAAACAAAGCCAUCUGCUCAAGCCUGUUGCAAGAGCCACUCAGUAAAAAAUGUCGAAGCUCAGGUUAACACACAAGAAGAGAAGAAAGAAGUGCAAGAUAAUGUUGUGAUAUUCUCUGAGAAAGAGGAGUUUGAAAAACUUACAGCAACUCCAGCUAAGGCUGUCAAAAGCGAAAAUGAUGCAUCUUCGGAGAAUGAACGACUUUUAAGCCGGAGUAUGGAUAGUGAUGAAGAAGCUGCAGUUGACAAGCAAGGGACUCCAGAGAGAUGCUUGUUAUCUUUAGUGCAUUUGGCCAGAGAAAAAUCUUCUACAAGCAAUAAAUCAACAGGGAUUCAAAGUCGAAGGAAAAAGAUACUUGACGUGUAUGCUAACGUAUGUGACGUUGCAGAAGGUCUGAGCCCUACGGAGCUGCCAUUUGACUGCCUGGAGAAGACCAGCCGAAUGCUCAGCUCGACCUACAACACAGAGAAAGCCAUAGUGAAAACGUGGCGUCACCUCGCCGAGAGCUUUGGGCUGAAGAGGGACGAGAUCGGCGGGAUGACGGAUGGCAUGCAGCUGUUUGACCGCAUCAGCACGGCGGGCUACAGCAUCCCUGAACUGCUCACCAAACUGGUGCAAAUCGAGCGAUUGGAUGCUGUUGAAUCCUUGUGUGCAGACAUUCUGGAGUGGGCACAAGCAAUGCCGGCUCCUGAACCAGCUGGGACAUCCUGA